AUGGUCAAGGUUGGAAUCAACGGCUUUGGUAGAAUUGGUAGACUCGUCUUCCGUGCUGCAUUGGAGAGAACCGAUGUUGAAGUGGUUGCCAUCAACGAUAUUAUGAUGACUCCAGAUUACAUGAUCUACAUGAUCAAGUAUGAUACUGUCCACGGUAAAUUCAAUGGUAAACUCGAAUACACUGAAAACUCAAUCAAGGUUAAUGGACGUGAAGUUCAUGUUUUCUGCGAGAGAGAACCAGAGAAGUUGCCUUGGGGACAAUACGGAGUUGAAUAUGUUGUUGAAUCCACUGGUGUCUUCACCAAAUUGGAUACUGCUUCCAAGCACUUGAAGGGAGGCGCAAAGAGAGUUGUUAUUUCUGCUCCUGCUGAUACUCCAACUUUUGUUAUGGGUGUCAAUAAUCAUGAAUUCAAGCCAGAAAUGACUGUGAUCAACAAUGCUUCCUGUACAACCAAUUGUUUGGCUCCUAUUGCUGCAGUCUUGCACGAAAACUUUGGAAUUGUUGAAGGUUUGAUGACUACCGUUCACGCCUUGACUGCAACUCAACCAACAGUUGAUGCUCCAUCAAAGAAGGAUUGGAGAGGUGGCCGUUCUGCUGGAUACAAUAUUAUUCCAUCAUCAACUGGUGCUGCUAAGGCUGUUGGCUUGGUCAUCCCAUCAUUGAACGGAAAGUUGACUGGUAUGGCUUUCAGAGUUCCAACUGCUGAUGUUUCUGUUGUCGAUUUGACUUGCAGAUUGGAAAAGCCUGCUACCAAGAAGCAAAUUGAUGAAGUCAUGAAGAAGGCAUCCGAAUCCGAGAGAUUCAAGGGUAUUUUGAAGUACACUGAAGAGGAAGUUGUUUCUAGUGACUUUAUUCAUGACAGUGCUUCAUCCACCUAUGACAGCAAGGCCAGUAUCUCAUUGAACGAUCACUUUGUUAAGGUUGUUGCUUGGUAUGACAACGAAUGGGGUUACUCCAACAGAGUUUUGGAUUUGAUUAUUUCUACUUCAAAGGUCCAAUAA